AUGGAUCUAUCUAUAUUCUGCCAAAGCAACCUUCUCUACACACAGGAGUCAUUAUCAAGAUACCAGCCUGGUGGAUAUCAUCCAGUCAACCUUGGAAAUACUUUUAAAGAUGAUCGUUACAAGAUACAUCACAAGUUAGGAUGGGGUGGCUUUUCCACAGUAUGGCUUGCGAAGGACAAAGAUCGCAAUCAAUGGGUCUCGUUGAAAAUCAUGACCGCAGAUUCAUCGGUAUCGCGAGAGCUGCAAAAUUUGAAAUAUCUGGAAAGGCAUUCCCAAGGAGAGCUUUCUUCAAAUUAUGUGGUUCAACUGCUUGAUGCCUUCACCCACGAAGGCCCUAACGGGGUCCACCAAUGUCUUGUAUUUGAAUUACUUGGCCCUUCAGUUGAUAAGGUCCUCGCAGACUACCAUGAGAGCCACGACAAGCUCUGCUCGGAAACCGUACUCCGAAUGUCUACGCAGCUUUUGAAAGCCGUCAAAUAUAUUCACAGUGCCGGCAUGUGCCAUGGAGACAUUAGUGGCCGAAACAUCGCAUUUAGUUGCACUCAUUUGUGGAAACAGACCGAGGAGCAGCUUUUUGAUGUUCUCGGAUUCCCGGAAGUUGAGCCGCUGACCCGGGUUGACGGGACGCCUUUAAGAAAUGGAUUGCCGUCCCAGCUGGUCAAAGCAGCAGAAUGGGAUGACUGGAUAGACGAGGACGACGAAGAUAUCAGACUCUUUGAUUUUGGAGAGGGAUUCUUCCAAGGACAGGAACCUAAAAAGCUGGCCCAGCCAGGUUCAUUGAGGGUACCAGAGACGAUUUUCACGGAUAGUUUUAAUUAUCGGGUCGACUUAUGGCGCACAGGUUGCAUGAUUUAUUCUUUCUUAUUCACGACAUGGCCAUUCUGGUAUCUUGGCGAGGAUGAAGUCCUCGUUUUCCAAAUGAUUGGCUUUGUGGAGAGGUUGCCGUCCGAGUGGGAGUCUAAGUGGACAUCAAUGUUGAUGAGGUCUAGCCAUGAUCUGGAAUUAGAAGAAGAUUACGGAACGUCGAAGCUUGAACGGAAGUUUGCUGGGUUGGUGCCUAAUCCAACACUUAAACCUCUACUUCAUGUGAUUCAAGGAUUGAUGCGAUUUUUACCGUCUAGUCGCCUGACUGCAGAGGACGCACUUGAUUUGCUUGGCAACGCUCAGGAAUAA